AUGUCGGAUGCGAAUGAAUUGCGCCGGAAGAUGAUGGCCGACAAGAAGGACACGGAAACAAAGCAAGGCUUCCGCCGCGAGAGCGCUCCCUCCCAGCGCGAACGCCGUCGCAAACGCUCCGCCAUGGCGAAGGUGCACGCCCCGAAGCCCGAAGAGCCCAAGGACAAGGACAAGGAGAAGCCGGAAGAGAAGAAGGAGGCCAAGGAGGAACCGAAGGAAGAGAAGAAAGAAAAGGAGAAUUGA